AUGGAUUAUCUAAUUAAUGAUACGAUAAGAGAUCUAUAUAAGCAGAUCACACGGUUGUCUAUCUCAGAAGAACAACGUGUGCGGCAACUCAUCAAUGAAGAAGAACUAGGUGACCGUAAGCCAUCACAGUUCUUACGACAUCUCCGUUCCCUUGCCGGCACUACUACAUUACAAGACAAUAUUUUACGUCAACUUUGGCUCCGCCGUCUACCAUCACAUGCACAAGCUAUUUUAACCGCACAAUCAGAGCUUCCUCUGGAUAAGGUAGCCGAGCUGGCUGACAAAAUUGUUGAAGUGCAGCCAGCCCCCUCGCAAUUCGUCCAUGCUGUUGCCACGACGAACAAUAAAAAGGAACUCGAUGUUUUAGCUGCCAUUGAAGCACUCGCAAAACAGGUAAGCGAAUUAUGUGCUAAACGCCCGCAACGUUCCCGCUCUAGGUCACGUAACCGUUCAAACGUGGAACUGACUAACGGCAAAGGAUGGUGUUGGUAUCAUAGCACUUAUGGAGAAAAGGCUGCCAAAUGUAAGGCUCCCUGCAAGUAUCAGGAAAACUCCAACGACAGUCAGUAG